AUGGAUUUAACAGUUGUUGUUUAUGCAAGUAAAGUGAUUAUACUCGGUUUCCAGUCUUUUUCAGUCUUCUUUGAUUGUGAGGUAAAGAGGGCUGCAGGUCUCUGGCUUAUUGAUGAGGCUGACAAAGGCGAAGAGGAAGCUACACUGCUGGGGUUUUGCAGGAAACCUCCAUAUCCUUUUCAAGUUCCAAAAUUCAAGGAAAUAACGCUAGUGUGCAUUUUGGUCUACACAAGCACCCUCGGAAAUUGCGGGUUAGUGUGGACUUUGAUGGCCAAUCAUCCGGGAAGCUUUUGCAGCAUAACAUUGUUGCUCUUGGUGUUUAAUCUUCUGUGACAGAUUUUUAGGGCAUCCUCAACUGGCGGAUCAAAACAAAAUUAACCCAAGAUUUUAGUUAUAGAAACUCUCCAUGGAAUUACCCAAAGGACGGGAAAUUUGCAGAUUGUGAACCAGAUGAUCCACUCUUUAAUCUCAAUUCAAAGAAAUCACUCAAUAGGUUGGUAACAUAUACUCUGAUCAUACCAAUUAAUGACAUGAAACGUCAUUGGCUAAUAGCGAAACAUCAUUUGGAUUAGAGACAUUUUGAUAAAAUGUAAUAUUAUUUUAUAUGAAAUAUAAAUAAUACUUAUCAAUA